AUGUCGUUCCCGCCGCAAUUCCACCCCCCUGGGGCAUUCCACUUCGACACAUCGACGACCCCCGGCCAGCCGCUACACGCGAAUGUCUUCCGCCCGCCUCCGUCCCCGACAGCAUCGAGCUACAAUCUCGCGAAAUCGACCGGAAGUUUGCUCUCCGACAUCUCCAUGCCGACUGCACCACAUACCGGGACAGCAAAGCGGAAACGAGCGAGGACGAGGGAGUCGACACCGCUAGAUUGGCAUAUGAACAUGGAGGGCGCCUUCGACGGCCGGGAGGAAGAAAAAGGCCGGGAGUCCAGGAGAGCAUUGGGCCCGAAAGCAAUACCCGAAGCCGAGUCCCCAUCGACGCAAAUACCACUCGAUCGCACAUCGAACGCGCCGAGCUCGGCAGCCUGGAGCCUAUUCAGCUUACAAACGAUAGAAGACAUGGUUGGCAAGGUUUGGGAGUUCUGUACGAAGGGCGCUUUUAGGGGGUUCCAGGCGGGCGGCGGCCAAGGAUACACGGUCAAUGGAGCGACGGUAACUGAGACGACAGGGCACUCGUGGGGUCCAGAAUCGGACACACCCAUACGACUCUACGAAGACACUCCCAUGACACAAGCCACGCCGUCGUACUUUCUCCCAGCCAGUGCAAACGCCCUCCUCGCCCGUAUAUGA